GGAUGCGGAGCUGCGGGGUGCGGGAUGUGGGGCUGCGGGGUAACGGGUGCGGGAUACGGGAUGCGGGGUGCAGUGUUGCGGGGUCCGCGGGUGCGGUGGUGCGGGGCCGUGGGGUUGGUCGGCCAGUGGCGGGGGUCGGAGCGCGGGGCCGGGGUCAGGCCGGGGUUGCGGGGUAGCGGCGCCGGUGGCGGGGGUAGGGCGCCGGGGGUCGGGGUGCAGGGUCGCGGGGCGGGGAGCAGUGGUGUAGUGCGGGGACAGCGUCGGCGGUGGCCCGCCGGGGUGGCGGGGGUCGGGGUUGCCUGGACGGGGUUCGCUGCGGGGUUCCGGGCCGAUGUGGCGGGGUUCUGGGCCGGUGUUGCGGGGUUCCGGGGCGGUGUAGUGGGGUUGGUGGCGGGGGUCGCCGGGGUCGGGCGGUGGCGGGGUUGUCGGGACCGGUGGCGGUGGUCGGGGACCCCGGACCCGGGGCUCCGGGGGGGCAACCACCACCCCGGCUUCGCCCACGGGGGUCCCCGCGUGACAUCCCUGGUUGCAGAGGAGAUGAAACGGAAGUUCGCGGCGAGUUUCUUAGAAGGAGAAGACUAUCCUAAGGAAGGAGACUCGUUCGAGCUUUCGAGGGCAAGGGCUGAGCUGGCUGCGUUGCAAAACAAGUUCGAAAAUAUGGGGUUUGUAUCAGCCUGGAGGACGGCAGAGGAAGGCGAUCUACUGGGGAUCGUAUUUGAAAAGGUGGAGGAGGGAGGUGUCGUCCUGAUCACGAGCGAGCUGUUGGUGUUCCUGACCCAACUGGUGGAUGAUCUGCACCUGGAUAUCUUAUCGCGGUGCGACGAGCAGCCUGGCACCCACGUGCUGUCUCGGACGCUCGAGCUGCACUUGGUGUGGUCCACGUGUACGGAGAUCGACGAGGACAACUGUCUCUAUCCCUCCCAAGCGCUCUAUUUGGAAAUCGACGUCACCGAUCUUACGUUAUGGGACCCGAUCGCGCGAAGAAACGAGGCGCAAAACGAGGAGGUAGGGGAGGCGCAGGAAGAGGCGCAGGAAGAGGAAGAAGAAGAAGAAGAGGAGGAACUAUCGAGUGAGGGACGGGACGACCCCGACUACGUCCCGGAGAAAGAAGCAGGGAUAGCGGAAAGGUCGAGCCAGCAACAGAACGAAGAGGAGGAAGACCAGAAGGAGCGAAAGCGACAGGAAAACGCGGAAGGAAAGCGGCCCGUGAAGGAAGGAACGCCUAUCGAUCCAUCGAUAGGAGAUCCGUGGCGUGGGCCGCUAGAGGAAGAAGACGAUGGAACCGCUGCAGGCGGAUCGCGACGGCGAAGAAGAAGAAGAAGCGAAUCGUCGGCUUCAUCCGGCUCCACACCCCAACCUUCCGUUCGUCUACGUCAAGAUCUCGGCAGGUACACUCAGGUGGGUGGCGGUGGACGUUGUUUUUCGUGUUGGAAGGGCGUAAUGGAGGGAUGCGAUGGCGAUGGCCCUGCUGUGCUGUCGACGACGGAGAAGACAGCUGUCCCGGUGGCUGCGGUUGCCGUCGUCCGUCGUUUCCAAGUAGAGAGUGCGGCCGGGCGCAAGAAGGCAGCGCAUUCGAGGCGGCGGCAGAGGCUUCUGCUGCAGAGGGUGUUGGACGCCCCGGACUGCAUCACCACUUCCGAGGCCGUGGUUCAGCUGUGCGCUACAAUCGGGUGCGGUUUGCUUCCUCGGGCGACGCCACGUUGGUGGAUGAGGCGGAGAGCUGGCGGGACUUGGGAGGAUUUGCGGGUGUGCGAUGACGCGACAGACGAYUACUUCCRGGAAAAGCUCCGCAUGUCCAGGAGAGUGUUCAUGGAGAUCAGCGAAGCCUGUGCGCCUCAUGUGCAGCGGCAGGUGACGUUUUACAGGGAGCCACUCCAGCCGGAGCAGAUCGUCUCGUAUGCGCUGUAUAGUUGGGCUACAGGAGAGUCUUACGAGAACAUCACAUCAUCCUUCGGCAUGGGCCGGACUUCCGAAGUUCGAGCCGUGCACGAUGUGACAGCCGCUACAUUGAGGGUGUACGGGGACAAGAUAUCGUGGCCGACGGGGGUGCAGAAACACGUCGUGCUACGGGCGUUUCUGGACAAGGGCUUUCCAAACUGCCAUGGCGCAGUUGACUGGACACACAUCUACGUGGACAAACCGGCGAACGCGCCGACCGAGAGCUACUUCGACCGCAAGCACCGUUUCUCCGUCAUUGCGCAGGUGGUGGUGGACCUGGAUCUGCGCGUGCUUGACGUGUUCGUUGGAUAUCCGGGGAGCUCCACGACAUUAGGUGCGCACGCGUCGUGCGGAAAGCACAGUGCGGCGCACGUGCGCAGUACAACGCAUCGCGAUGCGCCGCAAGAAUUAAGGAUUUCGAACGCGCUUGCGGAGAACGACCCCGACGACGGCAUCGACAAUAACGGCGCGAUUUCGUGCGGGCUUGAUGUUGUGACCUGUCAUUCUACAGUUACGAGCGUGUACAAUCAUUACUGAGCAAACAGCCAGGUACUCCAAGUUUGUGUGGCAGCUUUCCAACUGAAUAUUCCUGAUCACGAAGAACGUGUUGAAAUGGAGCGCUCAGAAUCUUUUCGCAGUGGCAUUUCUCGAAAUAUCAAUUAUGCUCCCGGAAGUGCAGCAGGUAAAUACUAAAUACUAAAUAGUAAAUACUUUAAUACUAG